GCCAGCCAGUACUCUCGCGGUCUCUCCUUCCCUCCCCCGCCGUCCGCCAUGGUGUCCUCCACCCUGCUCGCGGCGUUCCUCCCCCUCCUCGGCUUUGUUCUCGCCCAGGAUGGGUCCAUCACCGGCCCCACCUCGUCAGCAGCAGCCGCGGGCUACUCCUGCGACGCGACCAAGUGCAAGCUCCCCGAUUGCAACUGCGCGAGCACAGAUCCUCCUGGUGGCCUUAAGCCCGAGGACACGCCCAUGUUCGUUGUCUUUACCGCCGACGAUGCCGUACAGAGCUACACCCUUGAUGCCGUCAACCAAUUCCUCGCGCAACGCAAGAACCCUAAUGGAUGCCAGCCCAAGAUGACCUACUACACGUCGCUCAAUUUCACUAACUACACGCUCGUCACCGACUGGUAUGUAGCCGGCAACGAGAUCGCAGACCACACAAUGACACACGUCGGCACGCCCCCCGAGAACGAGGUCUCAGGCAAUCUCGUCGCCCUGAACCAGCUUGCCGGCAUUCCGCUCAAGUCCAUCCAGGGCUUCCGCGCUCCGUUCCUCAACUACUCCGUCGACACGCUCAAAAUGCUCGCUAGCCUCGGCUUCACAUACGACUCGUCCGCCAGUGCCUCCGUUCCCGUCACCGACGACGGCACGGACGCGUUCUGGCCGUACUCGCUCGAUUACGGCAUGGCGAACGACUGUCUGGCGGUCGACGGCCUCUGCAAGGGCGAGCCCAAGCUCCCCGGCUUCUGGGAGCUUCCCAUGUACGCGCUCUUCGACAACCGCGGCGUCGACGGACCGCAUCUUAUGGACCCUUGGCUGGACGCGGCGAACGGCGAGACUGCCGUCAACGACACUGCGACUCUCGAGUACCUCAAGAGCACGUUCACCGCGCACUACAACGGCAAGCGGCAGCCACUCGGUCUGUACACGCACCCCAUCCACGUUUCUCGCUCCGUCCCGGGAACGACCGUUACCAACUCUACAAUCAACAUGAUCAACUCGUUCCUCGACUGGGCACAGGAACAGCCUAACACCUGGAUCGUGUCUUCCAUUCAGCUGCUCGAGUGGGUCCGCAACCCCGUCCCAAUCUCGCAGCUCGACUCGUUCGACCCGCUCAAGUGCUCAACGCCCUCGGUCGACUCUUCGUUGAAGAUCUGCAACGGUAUUCCCCAGAACGAGAACGGUCUCUUGGCGCACUGCGCGUUCCCCGACUUCCCCUUCUACACUUGCUACGGUUGUCCGCAGGAGCCCCCUUCACCUGCACAGCCCGCCCCGCCGCAAGCGACUGAGAGCGGUGGACAGACGCGCUUCCGUCUCGCCGCCAACUGCUCGACGCCGUUCUGGGACCCGAUCAAGGGCGAGUGCAUCUGCAACUCCGCAACCUGCGCGUUCACGGACCAGUCGCGCCCGAUCGGGCCCAACGGCGCGAACCUCACCGGCGACCAGGUCUCGUCCUCGGGCGACAGCUCCAGCGCGUCCGCGACGUCGAACCCGUACGUGCCGUUCAACGGCAACGGUGCGGCCGGGCUCGCGGCGCUCCCUGCGGGCGUGUGGGCUGCAACCUUUGUUGGUGUUGUCGGCGCGCUCGCGGGCGCGUAUGGCGCGGUGGCGCGGUUCUGAGUCGGUCAUCGAAGAGAGAAGAGACAGUGUGUGCUUCUGCUUGAACUCGUCAGCCGGCCCGCGCGGACUGGACUGCGGCUCUCGUUAACGGACUUUCACGACCCCAUCCCCCUACUCCCUAGUGCCCCGCCGCGCGCGCACGCACCUAUCUACUUGCGCCCCUACCCACUUAUCUACACCUCGCUACUUACUUAUUAGUCGUCGCACACCAUUACGGAUCCACGGACACUGCAUCGCACGCACGCCCCCUCGCGCUCGUCUCCCGCCCUCUCAUUGGUUGGGGGGCGGGGACAGACGGCGCUGAAUCGAACCCUACCCACAUACCGCACAGUACUAGCCCGCCACUCGCUCGCUUGUCUUCUCCCAGGUCGUGUCUUAGUUAUACGAACUGUCUAAUGGAUAUUC